CGGAAAAUCAAAUUAGCGGGAUAAUGAAGAAUUGACGGAUGAAAGAAAAAAUGGCCAAAGGGAGCUGACAAACUGAAGGAAGUAUAUUGAUAUAAAAGGGAUGUAUUUGUCUGUGGCAAGAAAGAAAGUAACAAACAACAAUGCAAUCCUUGUUGCUUGCGCGGUUUCGUGUUCUAGAUAUCGUUAUCGUCUCUGUCACAUUCUAACUAUCUCAAUGGCAUCACCCAAAUUCAACUUACUGGUUAAACUUCAUCAAACCAUCUUUGAAUCGAAGUCGAUCAGUCAGGGGAAAACGUCGAUCGUCCAUGGAAGGAAUAUCGAAUCAAGAAAAGUCCAGCAUCGAUACAGAAUUACAAACGAAAUUACUCCUUCACAGUGAUCAUGAUCAUAAGGGUGGUCUGAGAACCAUGCCAUUCAUCAUAGUGAAUGAAGCAUUCGAGAGAGUGGCGAGCUAUGGAUUGAUGCCAAACAUGAUAUUCUAUCUGAUGGAAGUUUAUCACAUGGAAGCUGUAACUGGAACCAGCAUACUCUCCGUCUGGUCAGCACUUUCAAAUGGUCUCUCCAUUUUUGGAGCUUUCAUCGCUGAUUCUUACUUGGGUCGGUUUCGGGUCAUCGCUCUCGGAUCUCUCUCCACCCUUCUCGGGAUGGUUUUUCUAUGGCUGACCUCCAUGUUCCCACAGUUACGACCUUCAUCCUGCGAUGAACUCGACACCAUUUGCAGCCCUGCAACACCAAUCCAACUCGCUUUACUCUUUUCAUCUUUUGGUCUACUCUCGAUUGGAUGUGGUUGCAUCAGACCAUGCUCCAUGGCCUUUGGUGCAGACCAACUCAACAAUCAUCCAACCCUAAACAACCAGAGGCUCAUUGACAGCUACUUUAAUUGGUACUACGCUUCUGGAGCAUUCUCGACAGUUGUUGCUUUUACAGUAGUGGUGUACAUUCAAGAUCAGUAUGGUUGGCAGGUUGGAUUUGCAGUUCCUGUGUUGUUCAUGGUUUGUUCUGCUGUUAUGUUCUUACUUGGAUCUUCUCUUUAUGUGAAAGUUAAAGUUGGUGAGAGCCCGUUUUCAGGGUUCAUUCAAGUUCUAGUUGUUGCUUUUAAGAACCGGAAAGUCAAUCUUAGUAGCAAUGACUGCUAUAAUCAUAGCCAUGGAAUGGAUCGAGUUGAGCUAACUGAGAACUUAAGGUAUCUCAACAAAGCGUGCGUUAUUAAAGAUUCAAACAUGGAUCCAUGGAAUCUCUCCACAGUCGAAAAGGUUGAAUCCCUCAAAUCCCUAAUUCGUAUAGCACCCAUUUGGUCUUCAAGUAUUCUACUAUUCGCCACAAGUUCCCAAAACUACCCAACACUCCAAGCAAAAACAAUGAAUCGACACAUCACCUCAUGGUUUGAAAUCCCAGCCGCAUCAUUCGUUUUAUUCAUGGUCUUAACACUCAUAAUAUGGCUCGCAUUUUACGAUCGUAUCUUAGUCCCGAUUCUAGCAAAACACACACAUCAACCACGUGGGCUCCACCCAAAAACCCGAAUGGGAAUUGGACUACUAAUCUCAGUCAUUGCCAUGGUGGUGUCCGCGAUCGUGGAAACCAUAAGACGCCACGUGGGAAGGUCGGGUAAUGACAUGUCAGCGAUGUGGUUGGUCCCACAGUAUGCUUUGCUAGGAUUAGCCGACGCUUUUAAUGCAAUAGGGCAGAUGGAGUUUUAUUACUCCGAGCUCCCGAGGAGCAUGUCGAGUGUUGCCAUGGCCAUGUUCAUGGUGAGCAAUGCAUUCGCGGGGUUACUUGGAAGCGUUUUGGUCAAUGUUGUUGACUCGGUGACAAGUGAAGGUGGUAGUGAGGUUUACAUUGUCCACAUGAGCUUGGAGAAUAAGGGUAAGAUUUUGGGCAUUGAAGGUUAA